CAUUUCAGUCUCUUUAUAAACACACACACACACACACUAACUAUACACACACAAACACAGCCUCGUCGUCUUCUUCUUCAUCGCGAAAUCAUGCCCCCACGCAAAAAACCCGGCAGCGGCUCGAAGAAAUCCAACCCGAACCACCAGCAAUCGGAGCCGUCGAAGUUCGGAAUCCAGCAUUUCUUCGAUCGCCACACUCAGAACUCCCAAAACCCUAAAUUCAAACCCCCAAUUGUCAAAAAACCGGAUUCUCGAUCAACUGAACCGGGCAAGAGCGUUUCGGAGCACCGGGAGGAUGGAACCGGAAGCAAUUUGGGUGUGGUGGAUCGAAAACCGGGGAAUUUGGGGGUGGAGAAUGAGGGGGUUGUGGGAGGGAGUGGAGUGGGGCCCGGGGUUGUUGAGAUGGUUGGAGUUGAAAAGGAGGGUUCGUUGGAGAAUACGCCUAACGGAAAGGUUGUUAGGAAUGGUGAUGUGGAUGAAAUGGAUGUGUCUCCGGAGAUUAGCAAGGCGGUUUCGGCUAAACGGUUUAAGUUUUCCCCUGGAAUGUUGAUAAAGCAAAGCCAGGAUGAAGGGGGUGAUGAGGUCACAUGGAGAAUUUCUCCUGUAAAUGAGCGACUCAAUGCAAAAUUCAAACAGUUGCCGGGGGUUAUGCGGGUCUUGGCUGAUUCUUCAAGACUCAACUCUAUGACUAUUCAGAAAUGCUCACUAGAUAAGGAUUCCGAUGCUUCAACAGGAAAGCUUGAAAAAUGGCUUUCAUCCCCGCCAUUGAAGGCUUUGGAAAAUUCAUUGAUACUCUCAGAUCAAACAAGCCUGAGAAAUGCUAACUCUGAGCAUGGUCGAACUGACUGCGGGAAUGAUAAGGAUAAAUCUGGUGCUGGAAAGAGUCAGAGUCCUUUCCAGACUCCACCAUCUCUGUCAUAUUGCAAUAAUAAGCCGGCAGAGGGUGUUAAUUCUAAUGGAGUAUCUGAUCAGCAUGAGACACGGCAGCACAAAAAGGCAUUGCUUGAUCUUUUAGAUCAAGUAGGAGAUGUUCUUUCUGUUGAUGAAUUAGAAUGUGAUGGUGUGAAAAAAAUUAUCCCCCAUGGCCUUGAUGGUGAGAUAUGCACAGGAUCUGAUACUGCAGUGGAACUAACUGAGGCCAAAAGAAAACCUUCAAGUCUAUGUUUCCUUGUAUUAGAGGUGUCAGAGAAAAGGCCUCUUAGUUCAACAGGUACCCAGUUUCCUGUUAAGGUACUCCGAUUACUAAAUGAACAAAGUGGAGAAGAGCAGGCUGUGCAUUUGUACGAUGAGUGGUUCUGUAGUGUUAUUGAACCAGGAGACACAGUUCAAGUCAUUGGGGAAUUUGAUGAGCAGGGCAAGUGUGACGUUAAUCGUGACAAAAACUUUCUAAUUGUUCAUGCUGAUAUUCUAAUGUCUGGGACUCGGGUUGCUGGUAGUUACAACUGUACACGACGUGCUGUUCUGGAUGAGAGGUUAAAAUGUAACGAGCAUUCAAUUGCAGCAUUGAUCGGUACCUUACUUCAUCAAAUUUUCCAGGCUGGGCUUAUUCAUGAAAAUCCAACAAAAGAAUACUUGGAGGGAUAUGCAAGGAUAGUGCUUCAGAAGAACUUUGAAAGCUUGUAUGCAUGUGAAGCAAAUGAUGCUGAUACUCACAAGACAUUGAUUGAAGCAAUCCCAAAAAUGUUAAACUGGAUCCUCCUCUUCAGGGAUUCAAAGGGUUCCAGAACCCCUAGUGUUGAUUUUGGAACUAAUGACGGACUGAAGAAGGUCAAGAUAUCCGAGGUAGUUGAUAUCGAGGAAGUGGCAUGGGCCCCAAAAUAUGGUCUAAAAGGAAUAAUUGAUGCUUCACUCCGAGUAAAAUUUGAAUCAAGUGCCGGUGAAAAUUUCGAGAAGAUCAUGCCUCUUGAGUUCAAAACUGGAAAAGCAACUACAGGCCAGACAGCAAUGGAACAUAAUGCGCAAGUGAUGUUGUACACUCUCCUUAUGUCAGAUAGAUAUGAUGAGAGUGUUGAUUCUGGCUUCUUGUACUAUCUCCACACGGACCAGACACAGGGAGUUGUUGUUCGAAGAUCUGACUUGGUAGGCUUAAUUAUGCGUCGUAAUGAACUCGCUGAUAGUAUAUUAAAAGCUACAACUACACAGCGACUGCCACCAAUGUUAAAGAAUCCAAACAUGUGCAAAAGUUGUCGACACCUCAAUGUUUGUACAGUCUACCAUAAGGCACAAGGAGGAAAUGCAGAUGGCAGUGGGCUGGGAAGUUUGUUCGAUUCUCUUGUUGGCCACUUAACUAGUUCACACUAUGCUUUCCUUAAAAAAUGGGACAGACUAAUCGAUUUAGAAGCUAAAGAAUUGCAGGAUGCCAAAAGAGACAUAUGGUCUUCGCGUUGUUCGAACAGUGGACGUUCUACUAGUUGCCUGUCCCCUAUAUUUCUUGAAACCUCUGUUAAAAAAGCCUCAUUGGCAAAGAUUUCUCAAGGCAACAAGUUUGUUUAUUGUUUCUUACGUCAAAAAUCUCCUUUGCUUGAUGGUCAAAAAGAUGAAGGAGAAUCUGCAUCAGUGAAAGAUGCAACUUGUUCACUUAGGAGCGGGGACUAUGUGAUUCUAAGCACUGAACCUGGGCAUCUAAUAGUUUCAAGCGGGGUCAUAAUGGAGAUCUGUCCUUCCUAUGUUUCUGUCUCUUUCUCAAAGCGCUUACGACUUCCAAGGAGUAGCCCUUCGGCAGCUGGAAAAGAUCUCUGUCAGGAGGUCUGGCGGAUUGACAAAGAUGAAAUUAUUGCGUCAUUUGCAGUUAUGAGGUUCAACAUUGUGCAACUCUUUCUACAAUAUGAAUGGAAUUCUCAUCUUAGGAGGAUGAUUGUUGAUCUCGAGGCUCCAAGAUUUGACAAUGGCUGUUUAUUUACUCAAGAUCCUGCAGUAUCAUACAUACGGUCAGAAGAAACUUUGAACGAUGAUCAGCGGAAAGCCAUACUCAAGAUACUAGCUGCAAAAGAUUAUGCACUCAUUUUGGGAAUGCCUGGAACCGGAAAAACAUCUACCAUGGUGCAUGCUGUAAAGGCAUUUCUAAUGAGAGGUUCUACUAUUUUGCUUACAUCCUACACGAACUCAGCCAUUGAUAAUUUGCUUAUCAAACUGAAAGUCCAGGACAUUGAUUUUAUACGCAUUGGCAGAUAUGAAGCUGUGCAUGAAGAAGUUCGUGGGCAUUGCAUUACUGCAACAGAUAUGAACAGUAUCAAGGACAUUAAGCUCAGGGUGGAUGCAGUCAAAGUUGUUGCAGUUACUUGUUUGGGGAUAAACAGCCCUUUGCUCGCCAAUAAAAGAUUUGACGUAUGCAUCAUGGAUGAAGCUGGACAAACCACACUUCCAGUUGCUUUGGGGCCCUUGAUGUUCGCGUCCAAGUUUGUCCUGGUGGGUGACCAUUACCAAUUACCACCACUUGUUCAGAGUGUUGAGGCUCGUGAAAAUGGGAUGGGUCAAAGCUUAUUUUGCAGGCUUUCGGAAGCACAUCCCCAGGCAAUUUCAGCUCUGCAAAGCCAGUACCGUAUGUGUUCAGCAAUAAUGGAGCUAUCCAAUGCCUUGAUAUAUGGAAACAGAUUACGUUGUGGUUCAUUAGAUAUAGAGAAUGCCAAAUUAAAGUACACAAGUUCAAUACGUGUGUCAUCAUGGCUUCAGGAGGUGUUAAAUCCAGAUAGACAAGUAAUAUUUAUAAACACAGAUUUGUUGCCUGCUUUAGAGGUUAAAGACUGCAAAACAGUGAAUAACCCUGUUGAAGCUCAUAUAGUCUCGGAGGUCACGGAUAAAUUAGUCGCCAGAGGUAUUCAGGGAGAAGAUAUUGGAAUCAUUACCCCCUACAACUCUCAAGCGGAUCUAAUCCGGCAUUGCAUCUCUACUUCUGUAGAGAUUCACACUAUUGACAAAUACCAGGGAAGAGAUAAGGAUUGCAUAUUGGUGUCCUUCGUGAGGUCCAGCAAAAAUCCAAGAAACUGCAAUUCUUCACUACUUGGAGAUUGGCAUAGAAUUAAUGUGGCCCUGACCCGUGCAAAGAAAAAGUUGGUCAUGGUGGGAUCAUGCAGAACUCUUUCGAAUGUACCAUUAUUAAAGCUUCUACUCGAGAAAGUUGAAGAGAAGUCGGGCGUUUUAGAUGUUUCCAGUAAUGAUAUCAAUUACAAAGUAGAGCUGAGGAGAUGUUCCAAAAUCCUGUAGAUACUGUAUUGCGGCUUUAUACUCUUAUUCUUAUUAUUUGUAGUUCAAAUUUUGUGAAUAUUCAAGUUCUUAGUAGUUGUAUAUAGAAAAAAAUCCAGCACAAGGACUUGAGUUGCACAAGAUUUGUAUAACAGGCGGAGAUAUUUUUGAACAGCUGCUAUGAAGAAAGAUCCCAGGAGCAUCUUCAGGCUAUUUAAAUAGAUUCUUAAUUUUAAAUUUUAAAAAUGUGAAAAAAUAGGAUUUCAAUA